ACUAGCCAGACAUCGGACCUCUCGCUCGCACGAGGCUCAUACUUACCACGAAAUAUGCUGGAUUAUAUGUGCUUAAUUCAAGUCUCCAACCCGUGAAGACCGGACGUGUUUGGCCGUUGAAAUUUGAUUUUUAAAGAAUGACGCGCAGCUAAAACACGUACUAGGCGCUGUGUAAUAUUGUUAAAUAGUUUAUAACAAAACGUGCAGUUUGUUGAAUUAAUCAAAGGCAUUGGCUAAUAAAGCGAGGACGCCGCCUGCUGUAAUUUUCCUCAAAAAUUCGUCUCAAGCGCGCAUUCUUGUAGAUGCGUGUGUGUGUGUAAAGUAAAGUAAAGUGCGCGCGGCUUCUUAAUUGAACUCGACGCAUUUUCAUUGAAUUUGUGCAUAAACAAAUGGAAAUUAUUCAAAAAUAUGGCAGAUAGAACAAAAGUGGUUGUCAGAAGAUAGCAAAGUGAUUGAAAUAAAAGAGUAAUAAAGCUGCGAACUAACAGUGCCUGUGUUGAUUUUCGAGUGUGUUUAUGUUAGUGCGUAUGUGUGUGUGGCGUCUGUUUGCCAAAAAUUUAAAGUAAACUGAAGAAAGAGAGUAGCAAAGCAAUGGAGACAAUCGAGGAGCAAACUAAAACAGAAAUGUCCAUAAUGCCAAAGCAGCCCACGCGCAUUUGUCUGGUGGGCGUGGCAGCGCAAGAUGCGGACACAUUACGAGCGGCUGAGAGUUACGGCAUGCCCGUAAUAAUAUCGGAGACAGGCUUGGAACUGCUCGGAGACGCAAUGUGGCGCACCUACUAUGUGCUCCAGGAUUUCGAGAGCGACAACUUUGAAGCCAUACACAAGCAAAAGGAAUGUAUUUUGGGUCCACCCGCUUUGAAGUACGCAGCUGAGAUGAAGCAGACGCUGGGGCAGAACACUAGACCCAUUUAUAACUAUGCCAUGCGUGGCGUUGUCACUUGCUUCACAGGCAUUCGCAAAAAGGAUGAGCUGACAAAGCUGGUGAAUCUCAUACACUCCAUGGGUGGCUGCAUCAAAAAGGAUUUGAAUACAAAGACAACGCAUUUGAUUUGUAAUCACAGCGGUGGCGAGAAAUAUCAAUACGCCAAGACAUUUCGCUUGACUGUAGUGCGUCCAGCUUGGGUGUAUGCCGCAUGGCUGGCACGUGAUUCGCUGGAGUUUGAGGCCACGCAGGAUAACUUUACCAAGGCGCAUCGCCUGAAGGCGUUCGAGGGACAAAAGAUUUGUUUCUUUGGCUUUCCGCCUGAGGAGCAGCAGCAUAUGGUCGAUGUGCUGCUCGAGAAUGGCGGCGUCUGUGCCGAACUGGACGAUCCCGAGUGCUCGCAUGUCGUGAUGCCCAAUACGGGCGCAGUUCUUACAAGCUCUAGCACUAAUAGCACUGAUACUAACCCAAGCACUAACAAUGCCAGUCAGCAACAACAGCAGCAGCAGCAGCCAACAGAUGUUGCUGAUGCAGCACAGCAGCAGCAACAGUUGCAGCAGUCGGACAAGGAGAACGAGGAGGAUGCAGAUGAUAUACACUUUGAUGAGCGUUUAUUUGUUGCUGCCAGCGACAUGCAGCAACUGGAGGAGCUGCCGCUGAGCGACUCUGCAGAUGAUGAGGAUGCGGACUUGGUGUCGGAAGAUGUGCAGGCCAGCACGCCCAAGCGACAGUCGCCGCAAGAUCCAGAGCAAGAGCAAGCCUGCUCACCCACUGCUGAGCUAUCGCCCAUACUCAAGUCGAGCGUUAAGCAUACGCUGGCAAUUGAAACCAUCAACGAGUGCGACAUGGAGACGGAUGACUUAAUCUCCAAUGCAGCUGAGAACGAACUGAAACGCAAGCGCGACAGCUUCGAUAGCGUUUCACUCAUGUCUGUGGACUCGUUUGCGCUGCCCGCCAGCACCAAGAAGCCCAAGCUCAUACGCACGGGCUCCAUCACACGCACACUCAAGCGUUCCAUGAGCUUUGUCGCCGAUCGCACGCCCAUUAUCAAAACGCUGCGCACACGUCGCAGCUCCAUUGCCGUAGCAGACACCUCCACCUUUCUGGCCAGCGAUACCAUUGAGGCUGAAGCUGCCGAUGACUCCAUCUGCUCGCUGGCCAGCUUUAGCAGCACUUUGAACGAGUCCAUACGCAAGCCCGUCAAGGAGAAGCUGCGCAGCAUCUGCGGCCGCAUCACACGCAGCAGCAGUCGCCGUGCCGAGCGUGAGACAACAACGCCCGACUGCAGUCAGCUGGACAGUGGCUUCAAGACGCCCAAGGCGCCGCUGCAGCGCUUCGGCGGCAGCGCAAGUGCCUCCAAGCUAACAGCCAAGCGUCUCUUUGGCUCGAAUACUGUUAGUGCUGCUGCCAGCUCUGCUGCUGCGCUGACAUUUGCUACUAACCAAGCUGCUACUGCUCAAGUGCCCACAACUGCAAUCACUUCAAGCAAGACCAACAACAACAUCAUCACUGCUUCAUCAUCAAUGCAAUCAUCGACAACUGUAGCUACAUCCUCGCCCGUACGCAGCGAAGAGCCCAUGCCCAUGGUGGUCGAUGAGCACACAACGGUGUCCAAGCCGGAGACCAGAAAUCAUCACACACACAUAUUGAAAUCAGACUGGUUCUGGUAUACAAUACAGAAUGGCUAUGCCAAUGAAAUGGAUUAUCUAUUUGGCGAUUACUUGGACAGCAUUACUAAUACGCCCAAUACAGAUCGACGCGAUUCGUUGCCAAUUAGCUUCAAUAAGCGCAAACGCAAGCGUUUCUCACAGCGCAUACAGCUGGAGGGCACGCCGCUGGGCUCGGGCAAGCGACGCUCGUCGGUCUCAGAUGCCGGACUCUUGUCUGUGUCGAAUAGUUUCUUUGAUUGCACCACCAGUCCGGAUAAGCUGGACAAUGAUAAGCUGCUGCAUGCCGAGCCAGAGGCGAGCGAGAUUAGCGCCACGCCCAUCAAGAAGUCCAUGCGCUUCAAUCAUUUUAUGGACUUUUACACCACAGAAUCCAACUAUGUGGGCAUACUAGAUACUAUACUGAAUCUCUUUAAAAACAAGUUGGACGAGCUGGCGGAGACGAAUGAUCCUUUGUUGAAUAAAUCUGAAAUCAAAUCUAUAUUUGGCAAUUUUCUGCCCAUACAUGAGGUGCAUCAGAGCAUGCUGGAGCAUUUGCGUCAGCUGCACGCCAAUUGGCGUGAGGAUUGCUUAAUAGGCGACAUCAUCAUACAUCAUCGGGAUGAGCUUAUCAAAGCCUAUCCGCCCUAUGUGAAUUUCUAUGAGCAAAUGAAGGAGCAGCUGCAGUAUUGUGAUCGCGAGUAUCCACGCUUCCAUGCCUUUCUCAAGAUCAACCAAACUAAGCCCGAGUGUGGACGUCAGAGCCUGCAGGAUUUGAUGAUACGACCCGUGCAGCGUUUGCCUAGCAUUAGUUUGCUGCUGAAUGAUAUACUGAAGCAUACAGGCGGCAGCAAUGCGGAUCAUGCGCGCCUGGAGGAUGCACUGAAGGCCAUCAAGCAGGUGACGCUGCAUAUUAAUGAAGACAAGCGACGCACCGAAUCGCGCAUGGCCAUCUUUGAUAUAUUCAACGAUAUCGAUGGCUGCCCUGCGCAUUUGGUUAGCUCGAAUCGCAGCUUCAUCUCCAAGUGUGAAGUCAAUGAGCUGUCCGAUUCGUUAAGCGGGCGUGGUGACAGUCUGGUGCUCUAUCUAUUCUCCGACUCCAUUGAACUCUGCAAGCGACGCUCACGUGGCUUCAAUUCUGCCAAAUCGCCCAGCACGGCCAAGACGCAUAAGCAUAUCAAACUUAUAUCGCUCAAUACGAUACGCUUUGUCAUCGAUAUAACGGAUAGCACGCGCGCCUUUGGCCUGCUGCAGCGCGGUGAGAAGGAGAAGCUCUAUACGUUCAGCAUUAUUGAUGAGGAAACGGAUAAGCUGGUCUAUCUGAAGAAGCUUUGCAUGCAAAUAGCUGCGCACACCUGUCGCACGGAUGCUGAUAAAAUGCUGCUGAGUCGCACUUCAUUGGAACUGGAGGUGGACAUCAGCGAUGUGAAUGUCAGCACGCUUAGCAAAGCCUUCAAGCUGGCAGCCAAGACACGCCUUAAGGUGGGACGCGCUUUCUCGUUUAACAAAACGCCCAACAAGCUGAAACGUGCUGUAUCCACCAUGAUGACAUCGCCUUUUGGCAGCACCAACUCACUGACGCCUGCCUCACAGCUGGCUCAGAUGCGUCUGGCCAGUUGCACCAAUAUUAAUGAAGUGGACGAUGAGGACUGUUCUAGCAUGCGCAGCAGCUCACCUUCCACCCAGUCGGAGAUGCUUGUCGUGCCGCCGCUAUCCGUGCAACCCACUCGCAAGAACAAAGCUGUCGUGGGUCGAAUUUAACCAGCAUUGCCAACCAGCUGCACCAUUACCAAUCUGUGUAUUCCAUUUGUUUAACGUUUGUAGGCUUUAAGGAAACGUGCUUCGUUACUACAUACACUCGCUUAUCACUUUGUGUGCUCUCCACACGCAACAAUAAUUUAUGAAUUUGUAAUCUCGCUCAACUCAUGCGUCCAAAACGGCUUUAGUUCGUAAAGCUUUUAAAUUUCAAAGAGUUUAUUUGUCGCUGCCAAAUGUUGAGUCAUUUGCACAUGCUCUCGAAUAUACUCUUAAUUGUAAAUAGUUAUCUACUCUAAGCUAUAUAUACAUAUAGGUAUAUAUAUUUUAUGUCGCGUUCAAUGUAAUCGUUGCAUGUAACUAAUACCUAAUUGUGACUUGAAAUCGUAUUCGGGCACCGAUCGUUACUGCGAUCGUUAGCCACACUCUCGAUUUCAUUUGAUUUUCGAUUCGGUUUUUCGCCACAAUGCAAAAGCUGUGAAAUGUUUACUGAGUAAAUUUUUAUUAAAUUACAUAACGCAACAUGUUAAUCUUGUAACAGAGCAUGAGAUAAGGAUGUUUAAGAUUAAAUACACGAUAAAUUAUGUAAAACUAUAUGUCAACCUAAUCCUUUAAUUAACUCCUGCUCCUUAAAUACAAUAUACAAGAUAUAGGUAGUGUAAAUA